AUGUUCAAAGAGUAUUUUUAUGAAGUAAAUGAAUUAGAGAGCUCUUAAAAAAUCCUAAAGAGUGCUGAGAAGUAUAUUGUUAAGCACUUGAAUCAUGUAGUAUCAGAUAUGUAAUUUGAUUUUGAACUCAUAACUGAAGUAUCAACUUAUGUAAUGAUUUGAG